UCCUUUCUUUCUCGUUUCUGUCUCUUUAUCUCUUUAAAAUUCUCUCUCUCUCUCAUCAUCGUCACAGUUUCUUCUAUGGUAAGGAUUGAACCGACAAACGACCACCGUCUCCGAGGCCGACACCACCACCACCAUCGUCGUCAUCUUCGCCGAUACAACUACGCAAAUCUCUCUUGUUAGUCAAUUGCCGCCCAAUCUGUCGUCUUUCACGAAUCGAUUUGUUAGGGUUUGGAGGAAUUGUAUUUUGUUGUUAUUCGAUUUGGACGAUAACGUAGAGUUGGGGUUUUGUAUCGAUAAACUAGAGCUUGGAAUUAUAGAACUGUGAUUGUUGUUAAACUUUGGGGUUUUGUGUGAUUGAUUUUGAUACGGGAAAGAUAGGUGAGGGUUAGAGGAUAAUGUGUAUACUGUGUGUGAUUCAGAAGUGGUCUCGACGGGUUGCUACCAUGCUUCCAUGGUUAGUGAUUCCACUGAUUGGACUAUGGGCUCUAUCUCAGCUUUUGCCGCCGGCCUUCCGGUUUGAAAUCACGUCGCCAAGGUUGGCGUGCGUGUUAGUGCUUUUGGUUACCCUCUUUUGGUAUGAGGUGUUGAUGCCGCAGUUGUCGACUUGGCGGGUGCGGAGGAACGCCCGGCUUAGAGAGAGGAAAAGGUUUGAGGCUAUCGAAAUGCAGAAGCUUCGGAAGACGGCAACACGUAGAUGCCGGAACUGUUUGACUCCAUACCGGGAUCAGAAUCCCGGUGGGGGACGAUUUAUGUGCUCGUACUGCGGGCAUAUUUCAAAGAGACCAGUUUUGGACUUGCCCAUCCCACCUGGAUUGGGCCUCUCAAAUUCUGGAAUUUUGAAGGAUUUAGUUGGGAGAAGUGGGAAGAUACUGAAUGGGAAGAUGUGGGCUGAUAAUGGUUGGAUGUGUGGUCAAGAUUGGUUAGAAAAUGGUAAUUGGGUUGGUGGGUCUUUUGCUGGGAAGUCUAAUUACUGGCAGAGGAACGGGGGUGGGUUUUUUGGUGGCGAUGACCAUUGUAUGGCAGAGAAAUCUUAUUCCUGCGUUGUUAUGUUUGCCUGCAAGAUUUUGAUGGCUUUCUUCUUGAGCAUUGGAUGGCUCUGGAGAAAGAUUACUAGGGUUACUUCAUCUGGGGAUGAUUCUUCAUUGGAUGCAGAACAGAAGGGAAUGUUGGAUAAAAGAGGUGAGAAUGGGAUGAAUUUUAAUGAGAGCAGGGGAGAGAAAGCUCGCAGAAAAGCCGAAGAGAAGAGACAGGCUAGGUUAGAGAGGGAGCUACUGGAAGAGGAGGAGAGGAAGCAGAGAGAGGAAGUUGCAAGGUUGGUGGAGGAGCGAAGGAGACUAAGAGAUGAAAAGGAGGCUGAGAAAGAUCGUGGCAAAGGUUUAGCUACUGCCAGGGAAAAGGCGAGUAAGAAGGAAGCAGAAAGGAAGCGUCAAGAAAGAAGAAAGGAAAAAGACAGGGGAUCUAGUAAAAGCAACUCUGAUGUGGAGGAACUGGAUAGGAAAGUUGGUAAAGAAAGUGAGCGAAAGCAGGAUUUUGACAGGAAGAGUGAGACUGAUAGAUGGGAACAUCUCAGAUCUGGGGCUGAAAGUGCCAAGGGCCAUAGCAUGGAGACAGGACAUGGGUUUAAGGUUCCUACUGUGAACAAUCCUGGCCGAGGAAAUACUGGAAGUAGAUACCUGGAUCGUGUGAGGGGUACUUUUUUAUCAUCUUCUAGAGCAUUUACCGGCGGUAGUUUCUUUGGAAGGGGUGCUAGUACUGCAAACAUUUCAAGAGAAAGCAAGCCUACUGGUUCUGUGGAUCACAUCCAAAAUCCUGUAAAAGGGAGAAUGUUAUCUCAGGCUGAGCAUGUAAAUGAGAACAUCACCCGUCCUGUGCUUGUUGAAUCACAACCAGCGACGAUCCCUAAAAAAUCAUGGCAACAGUUAUUUACUCGUUCACCAGAUAUUUCUCCACCCUCUCAUUCAAAUGUCAUAAGUAGACCAAAUGGGAAAGCCCAAGCAGAAGCUCAGAGCCCUCCUUUCUCUGGUCAGUCAUCGUCGAUACAAUUGUAUGAUAACCCUAUUAAUUUUGGAUCACCGUUUACUCUACCUACUUCUCCUUAUGGAUCAACGAGUAGUAGUACAGGUUUUUCAUUUGCAUCUGAAGGUAGUAGUACAGUUCUUCCAUUAGCUUCUGAAGCCAUGUUUCCUCGUAUUGGAGAGGCACCUUGUGAAUUUUUAUCAGAAGAGUCAGACAUUUUUGAAGACCCAUGUUAUGUUCCUGACCCAGUUUCCUUGCUUGGGCCUGUUUCAGAGUCGCUUGAUAAUUUUCAGUUAGACGUGGGUGUUGGUUUCAAUGAUUUGGGAUUGGAAAAGCCUCGUGCUCUAAACAAUAUUUCUGCGCCUUCUGAAGUCAACAGGCCAUCACCAAUUGAGUCUCCAAUGAUGUCAAGGUCAAGAGUCUCUGAUGAAAGGUAUUCUAGCUCCAAUAGGUUCCCAAUUACUCCCAAGGCCCAGGAUGGUUUCGCUUCGCCGAUGGAUAGUAUGAGUAAUGCAAAUGAGAAGGGAACGUGGCAGAUGUGGAACACUUCUCCUCUUGGUCAGAAUGGUUUAGGUUUGCUUGGUGACCCAGGCAGCUGGCUUUUACCUGCAGAAUUGAAUGGCUCAAACAAGGAAGAUGUUGCUCAUCCUACAUCUCAUAAAACUAUGGCAUCACUGUUUACAAAUGAUGAUAAAUCCCUUUCUGGCACUUAUUCUCCUCAGAAUGUUUUUCUUGGCAAUUGCAAAAAUGGCGGGACUUUUGGUACUUCGCUUCCUAGUACUGGUGAUGAUCCCUGGUUACCAAAAACUUUAUUUGGGCCAUGCGAAAACCAUUUCUCACUAAAUCCUUCAGAGGAAAUCUCUCAUCAGCAUGAAAUGAUUUAUGGGAGUCCAAGUGGAUCAGCAUCUAAUCCUCCAUUUGAGUUAUCUCCAGCCAAUUGUUGGGCCAACAGAAAGGAUUGGAGUGUGCAGAGUUCAGGAGAAGGCAUUGGAAACUCAACUACCUCGAGGCCCCAUGUUGGUGGCCUAUAUUCCACCCCAGAUGUACAGUCACUUUGGUCAGUUUGAUUCGAAAUAGAAAGUGACGACAGUUUGACGGACUUGAAUACACCCCUCCUGAAGAGGAGAUUAGCCUCUUUUGGAAGAGAGUUUAGAUUACCCAAUGCAUUCUUUCUCUUCUUUUCAAGGGAGAUUUACUUACAAUAGCAUAAUAGAAAUACACGUGGCAUGCAUGCACUAAUACCACCAGGUACAGUUUAAGUCACGGUUUUUUCUUUUUUACUCCAUGGCUUAUGGCCUCCCAAGGGGAGGGCUAGGGUUGCCCCCCUCAAGGGAACUUUGUUAUUUGCUCAGGGAAAAAGCAAUACCGGGUGAGCUCUCUCACAUGAUCUCAGAUGUUGGAGUGGAAGGCUCUUAGGUGGUACUUCUCGGUUCAGUAUAAAAAUCGUAGUCAUGAUAAGGGUUCAAGAGCCAAAAUCCUCUGAGGUAGUGAUUUGGUGCUGUAGUGAUUUUCACCACCAUUAUAUCUGCUUUCAAACACCUUUACAUCGAUAUUUUUUUUGUUUUUCAGCCACAUGUAAUGCGUUGAAAAAUGUGUAAUAUUGUUAAAAGCAGAUAUAAAGGGGGUGAAAAGAGAUGGUAAUGUUUUGAAUGGUGUACAACAUCGCUACGGUCUACAGCAUAGGGUCCUGGCUCAGUGGAGGUGUCAUUUCAGUUAAAUAUAGCAUGACUUUAUGGAA